AUUUAUUUUUAUUCAACAAACAAUGAUAAAACCUUAUCAAAUCGAAGUGCCAUCAGAGAUAAUCUGACAUUAGCCAUUUGUACUGAUAUAUUUACACGUACAAACUACUGGCAUAUUACUGCAAAAUGGCCGCAGAUUUUCCAAUUCAAUUUAAAGUCCAGGACAUGGUCAGUUAUUAUAACAAUUUGGCGCAAGCCACAGAAGUUGUGAAAACUAGAAGAUCAUCCUUGGAUAAUAUAGCCAAAAAACUACCAAAAAAAAUUGAACUGGAUGUUGAUAUCCUAGAAAACCAAAUUAAUGAAGUUGAACAUCAUCUGAAUAAAUAUGUUUCAUAUGUCAAAGAGGAUCACCAGGAAUUCCAAACAGUUCUUUUUACUUUGCUUUCAAAACUUGUCCAGAUUUCAGAUAAAGAAAGUAUUGAGAAAAAACAAAGCUUGAGCAACAGAGUCCAGAAUUUAUUUAAAUAUUUGAAUCAACGAUUACCAAAUAAUAGCAAUACUCGAGCAGCGACUCUCAAUGUAUCAGAUGCACAAACUUCUAAACCAUUAAUUGUGCAACAAAAAUCUAGAUUAGCAAGAAAUCUUCAAAAUAUUAUAAAGGAAGUUGGAGACUACCAGGUGUACGAGAAGGCACGCCAUCAACGUCUGCAGACGACCUUAAUGAACAUGCUCAUGGAAUUAAGCACCAUAGAAGGACUAACUGAAGAAGAAUAUGAUCAGGGUAUUCAGAAAAUUAAUGAACUGCUUAAGAAUCUUGUCGAUAAAUUUCCCGAAAAACCCUCACAACAAUUGUCUAUGUCAACAGAUAAGGAUUUAGAUAAGAUAGAGGAAGCAAUAGAAUCUUUGGACGUGCAACUAACAAACUACACUACUUAUAGUAAAGAAGAGCAAAAAUGGUUCGCGAACACAUUGUAUCACUUUUUAACAAAACUGACCAAAUUCAAAAAUGCACGCAGCAAAAAGUUAAUUGACUCGGUUCAACGUCUAUUGAAUGAACUAAAUGCAAAGCUACCGGGAGCAACAGUUGAACCUACUCAAAAGGGUGAAAAAAUCUUUCAAACUGAACCAAGAACAGAUAAUAACGCAAAUGAAAGACCGUCAGUGUGGAAACUUAAAAAUAUUUAUGAGAGUCAGUCUCAAGAUUUUGCAUAUACUGAAUCAAAUAUGAGCUUGUGGAGGGCACAACAGAACAUCAAGGGAAAAUAUUUGUCAAGGAAUAUAGGGUUCAGCAAAAGCACCCCCGAUCUUGACAAAGAGGUUGAAUGAAAUAAUACUUAAAUUGUUAUAUUGAUUAUUAAUAAAUUUUAUUAUUUAUAUA